AUGUUUGGACUCUACUUCGUCAUCUCCCCGCUGACCGUCCUUCACAGUCCUCUUGUCUCGUUGGAGUCGGCGGGUCGCUCUGGACGGUGCAAUCGCGGCCAGUUAUUCGUCAAGCUGCUGGGGUCAGUCCCCGUCUCGCUGUUCCUCAAUAUCGUUGCUUACCGCCGCCCAGAUCGCCUCCUUUCGCCCAAGACUGUUGUCUAUACCCAGUCUAUGGCUGGAAUUCGGCCAAGCGAUGCCUUAGCGAUAGUCGUCGAAGACAGGGCGCUUGGCUUCGCGAUUUACCUCGAGGAUGGCGCGCUAAACGAUCCAAUCGCGGCCUGUUAUUUGCAAGACUGCUGGGGUAAGUCCCAGCAUCGCUCACUGUCAAGGUCGUUGUUUACCACCACCGUUUCGUCCAGAACUGUUGUCCAUCUCCAGUUUGCAAAGUCUGUUGCUGGAAUUCGGCCCAGCGAUGCCUUUGCGACAGACCUCGAAGACCACGCGCUUGCUUUUGCGAUGGCGCGAUUGAGGCCGCGCUCGACAGCACAUUCGCUGCGGGCGAUUCGAAACACUGCUGGGAAGGCCUUGUUUCGCCCAAGACUGUCCUUGAUGCCCAGUUUGCGAAGGAUCCUCUUGAAGUCGAUAUUGUUGACCAAUUUUUGCAGGGUUUUCGCUGGGAAUCGGCCAGGCGAGCCGUCCGCGAUAGGCGUCGAGGACGGCGCGUUUGGGGCCGCGCUGAGCGGCGCAAUCGCGGCUGGAACAGAUAUCUGCCGGGACUUCGGCCAGGCAACGCGUUUUCGAUGGCGCUUCGAUGUGCCGGCUUGCCCAGUUGCCGCGGUGAGGCUUGCUGGCAAGACUGUGAGCGAACGACACUCGCCAGACGUAGGCCGCUUGGACAACGGAGUCAGCAAGCACACCACUUGUCAACGAGCUGUACCUUUCUCAUCCACCCUAUUUUCGCCUUCGCAGACUGACUCUCGUCCACACAUCGCCGCAGAAGUCCCGUUUACGAUUGUCGCCCAGGCUGGCCAUGCAUCGAUUUGGCGAGUUGCGAGAGCGGCACGGACGCUCGUGGCGCUUCUGCAUUUUGUUGUGUGGGUUAAAGAUGGCGUAGUCAGAGAUCCGGCCCGCAGUACUAUAAAUUUUGCGGUCGCGCUGCCGAGCGAGCACCAGUCCAGCCUGCCGGUAGACGCCGCGCUGGUCGGGGGUAGCAAGCGGGAGGAAGAAGAGAACGGGCGUGAUUGGUCAGCAACACGUGCCCGGGUGACGGACCCGGGACGCCGGCUGCGGUCCCACGCUGCCGCCACUGCUGGAGUCGUGCGGCGGUGUCUUCAAGUUUCGUUAAUAGGUGAAGUCGCUGUUGUCGUGCCUUCACCAUUGGGCAAAGUUCCUGUGCCCUACUCCGCUGGACAUGAUUGCCUUGACUGCGCUCUCUCGUCGGAGGGUCUUGAAGAACAACCUUCGUUUGGCGUUGCCAACGAGCCACCACCCCUUGCGCAGCACGUACCGUUCAUGCUGCCCCACCUCCUCACUGACCAUCGUCUCCAGUCAGAGUCGUCCCUCCCUCUUCAACUCGAGCAACUGGUCCUUGCCGUGGUGGUGAUGCAGAUGCAUAUGCUGUUGUUGCUUCAAGCUCGCUCGCUGACGAACUCAUUGCAGUUCUUGAUCGACGGCGCAAGUAUCGCAGGAGCCGGCGUCGAAGGCGCUACGGCACUCCAUUCGCGUGCUGAUCCUCGUUUACAGGCCUCGCGCGUGCCGACCCGUACUUCCGAGGGCGGCACAGACAUUGGAGCGCGGCGCUGCAUGUUGCGGGACGGGUUUGCCGAGUGCCAUGGUGAGCGAGCGGCCCCAGCUAGCCGGCAGCGGCAGCGCGGGCUGGUUGGCGGGAGGAUCGGGGAAAUGGAGGAAAGUGAGCGUGGUUGGUCAGCGACACGUGCCCGGGUGCCGGACCCGACUCGCCGGGCACGGUCCCACGCUGCCGCCUCCCUGCGUUUGCCUUCGUGCUCGACGCCCUGCAGCACGUCGAUAACGUCUCCCCUUGGAUCUGCUGCUGCUUACAUUUCCCAAAGUCGAUGUAGCAUUGCGCUCUCGAUUUCCCUCCAUCCCGCGAUUCACCCUCCGCGCCCGCCCGUCGUUGUGCAUCGCAAGAUGGGCUUGUCGCUGCUGGGAGAAAGAAGUCGUCCACUGCUAUAUCAAGUCUCGCGGCAGUGUCUUACCAAGAAUGUCAAUCGAAGCCCCAGAGACAGCCCGCACGAUGUCGCUGCGGCGCAUACCAGUACCCUUCAAAAUUCACAGCGUAUAAAGGCUUUCAUCCAUGAGCUUUCCUCCAAUCCAUCCCCGCCGCGAAUAGGCUACUACUACCGCCUCAGGAAGAAUGUUAGGGACCCAAAUCGACCGCACAUCUCUGACGCGGAGGUUGCGCGUGUCGCCGCCGACUUGAGGGGUCUUCACAAAGAGGAGGUCGACGCGCGUCUGAAGACCGCCAAGGCAGAGGUCUCUGCGCUGCCUGAUGUCAGCUCUUCGAUAACCGCCAGCCUAUAUAACGCUACGGGAAACACGAUAUACAUGAAAGAGAGCGUGUCUUAUUAUGGCAAAUUUGCGGAGGACCGUUUACCUGACAAGGUAAUCCACAACGGGUGCUGGACCGACUUUGUCCAUUAUGUCGAUGCAUACGUCUCCAUUGAAGGCUGUUCAGGCGCAAUCGUGUACCAACACGAAAUUGGGAAGGAGUUCUUCAUCGGGUGGAAGAAUCCAUCGUACGCCAUUUUCUAUGCGCAGGCAGACCAACCUCUCAUCGUAUUUAGCGACCACGUCUACCCAUCACAGGUUAUUGUCGAAGUUGGCGGCCCCGACCACUGGUGGAAGAUUGGCACCAAGGAGUACAUGCAAAACUUGCUCGACGAGGUCGACGAGGCGAGCAGCUACGGCUCGGAGAGUGAUGCGCUUUUCACGGUUCGUCAUGUUUUAUUCGUCUGGCGACAAAGCUGUCUCGAUUUUGACCGAAUGCGCUCGCAGGUCUCUGGUAUCACGAGCAAUGAGCGCCAUGCGUCGGUGUUUUAUGUGCUCUUGCCGACGUCCGACACGCUCAAGUUGACGGUGUAG